AUGGCAGCCUGUGCCUUUAGGAGGAGCAUCGCUUCCCAGCUUUCAAAGGUUUUGGAUUUGCCACCAGAAAUUUUGAUAAAGUCCAUAUCAGCUGUUCCUGUCUCCAAGAAACGGUGUGUUGCUGAUUUCCAGCUUUCCAUUGCCUCUGUAACAGAAGACAAUUCUAGUGGUUUCUUGUCACAAGACCUUAAUCUUCAAGCUCAGAAGCUAGCUAAACAGCUAAAAUGUGAUGCUGUAGUGAGUGAAAUCAAUGCUGGGCCAGGAACAGUGAACUUUACGGUAAACAGGGAAUUACUAGCAAAGACUGUGUUGCAGCAAGUGUUGAAAGAAGGCUCAGAGUAUGGAUUAAAAAGUGAACUUUUCUCUACAGUGCCUAAACAAAAGGCAGUGAUCGAGUACAGCUCCCCCAACAUUGCCAAAAAGUUUCACAUAGGACAUUUGCGUUCCACUAUAGUUGGGAAUUUUAUAGCAAAUCUCAAAGUGGCACUGGGACACGAAGUAAUAAGAAUAAAUUACCUUGGUGACUGGGGCAUGCAGUUUGGUUUACUGGGUGUUGGUUUUCAACACUUUGGCAACAAAGAAAAGCUAAAAUCCAGUCCCUUACAACACCUUUUCGAGGUUUAUGUGCAGAUUAACAAAGCAGCAGAAGAUGAAAACAUAAAGGAGCUGGCUAAGGAUUUCUUUAGAAAACUGGAGGAACAUGAUGAGCAGGCACUGUCACUUUGGAAGCAAUUUAGAGACUUCAGUAUUGAGGAAUACAUCCGAAUUUACAAGCGUCUAGGAGUGUGCUUUGAUGAGUAUUCUGGAGAAUCAGUUUACCAAGAGAAAUCCCAGGAAGUUCUAAAGAUGUUGGAAGAUAAAGGACUUCUUCAGAAAACAGAGAAAGGGACAGGAGUUGUGGAUCUUUCGGAAAAGAAAGACCUCUCGUCGUUUUCCACCGUCAUGCGUAGUGAUGGAACAUCUCUGUACAUCACAAGAGACCUUGCUGCUGCUAUAGACCGAAUGAAUAAGCACCAGUUUGACACUAUGAUUUAUGUGACAGACAAAAGUCAAAGUAAUCACUUUGAACAUUUGUUCCAACUACUGAAGCUCAUGGGCUAUGACUGGGUAGAAAGGUGCCAGCAUGUGUCUUUUGGUCUGGUUCAAGGGAUGAAGACUCGGAGAGGAGAAGUGGUUUUCCUGGAGGAUGUUUUAAAUGAAGUUCGUGCAAGGGUGUUACAAAACAUGGCUUCUGCAAAAACAACCAAACAGGUAGAAGACCCUAUGGAGACAGCAGAGAAAGUUGGCCUUGCAGCACUAAUAAUUCAAGACUUCAGGGGCCUUCUGUCAUCUGAUUAUCAGUUUAGCUGGGAUCGAGCUCUGCAGAGCCGUGGAGACACAGGUGUGUUCCUGCAGUACACCCACGCCAGGCUCUGCAGUUUACAACACAUGCAUGGGAAUGAGCAGCUAACUGACUUUAAUGUGGCAUGUUUGCAAGAGCCAGAUGCCGUCUCUGUUCUUCAGCAUCUUCUCAGGUACGAUGAGGUCCUGUAUAGAUCUUCUCAGGAUCUGCAACCCAAGCACAUUGUCAGCUACCUCCUCACACUUAGCCAUCUUGUAGCUGUGGCACACAGAACCCUUCCUGUGAAAGGCAGCACCCCCGAACUAGCCCAGGCACGGCUCUGCCUCUUCCAAGCUGCACGCUCAGUUCUAGCCGGUGGAAUGAAACUUCUUGGCAUCACACCUGUAACCCAAAUGUAAGGGGGCUGGAUGCAGUGUAAAGUCACAGCUCUU